AUGGCGAGCCUGGAGGCGCCGGCAAGGGCUCUUCUAGACGUCGCGACCCAAGAUGAAACGGCAGACAAGUUCUCGUUCUCGCAGAAGGAAGCAGAGAUACUAGAGCUGUACGAUCAUGUCUUUGAACAGCAGCUGGAAGAAGCAUUAUUGAGUCAUCAACUCCCCGAAACCACGGAUGCGGACGAUGUUGACGCGAAGCUAGUAGAGGCAGAACGUGAACUGCUCGAGGUCAGGGCAAGGCUCUCAGUCCGGAGAAAGGUGAUUGAGAGCGUACUCAUGACCGAACCGAGCAUACAAGCUGUUCACUCGUUACCUUCGUCGCCGCUUGAGAAGGCGCUUCUACCACUAAUCAACCGAAGAGAUGUCCUAUCACUCGCGUAUGAAAAUAUCAUGACUUCACAUACGGCGUGUAUUCGUGAGCUAUCCAGUGCUGAGGUGGCAAAUAUCCAAAGUAUCCAAAAGAAUCAGGAGCUAGUUCAAACGCUGCUCGAGCUGACAAGGAAUGAGAAAUCGCUAGAUGACAAUAUAUCGGACCCCCAGCUCAAAGAGGAACUAGACAGCCUAAGGACAGAAAAUAAACAGAAGAAGGCACACUGGACGCGAAUAAAGCGUAUAGUUAGCGCUUCUAUCGCUGCUAGUGGAGUUGACUGGGCGAGCGACGAGAAGCUCGAGAAUUUAGUCCUCGACGAUGAUGCCUUGGAUGAUGUCUGA